UGUCAAACAAAUAAUCAGUAUGCAUUUUGGAUAGUCUAUCUCUGCGACUCCAUCCAUAAGCCGUUCUUGACGAUAAUAACAACUUUCGCCUUCUAGGUGUAAGCGCUCGUUGUGAUCCACUUACAAACCGAAAGACGAAAGCUCAAUUGCCCCUCAUUCUGGUACUACGGCUUCAGGAUAUCACUCCCACUAGGUCAGAAACAAUCAGCGCGCCUACGCUUCUUCAAACGCCAUGAAUUGGGCAGAUCAUUUUGACGGACAUGGCCGCUCCCUCAUCUAUGGAGAAGACGGUAAGCCCAUGAACCAACAUACACGACCCGUCAAGCCGAAAUCCAACCCUCAACCCCGUCGUCCACCUCCGCCUCCGCCAAAAAGAUCAACAGACCCCCACGAAAACAUCCACGCCUGGCUCUCGGGCGUCACGAUCGACGAGGAACAUGUACCCCUCGCAUCAGACAUCUUUCACGCUCUAGGCCAGAUCCAGAGUCAGACGAAGGAGAGCCACCGAGCAUCGCCGGUGGAUGAACAGCAGAAGCAGACACAGACACAGACACAGGCCGCCGGUCCGACGGUGACUGUCCACACCAUGGGCCCGGGGUUCAUCGGCCGCGCCCCGGCGUUUGGGACGUCAGAGUUCUUUGCGAAUAUGGUUGUGGUGGGGAUUUUGUUGCUUUUCGCGCCGGGGUUCACGAUUCUUGCGGCGGGGGUGUUUUUUACGUCUAGGGUUGCGGAGAGGUGGGCUGGGCAGGAGUGAGGGUUGGUAGAGGUGGUGGUCGUGGAGGAUGUGUGAUGCUUGAAACGAUUUUUGAUGGUUUAUGAAUGUGACGGAAUACUGUUAUGGUCAAGACGUAUGUUGCUACGCUAUCAUGUUGCUAUAAGAAUUGACGGAUUGAGUGUAGUUGAAGGAUGGAGAGGGGAGUUGGGUU